UUAAAAUAAGGAUUAGGACUGUGAUACAAUGGUUUUCCGAUUAAUUUUACUAUUUUAUUUAGUCUCACAUUGUGUGAUAUCAGCUUUUAGCACAAAUGCAACUAUUCCAGGCUACCAUUUAUGGUCAUAUGGUGAAAGGGCAGAAAUAUUUUGCCCUAAUGAUUGUAAAACAAAAGAUUACCCUGAGGAAUGUUGCUCUUGUAGGGCACAGCCCUGCUGGGAAAUUAAUCAAUUGCUUUGUCCUGUUGACAAAAUAUAUUUGGAAUACCUUAAUAUAUACGGAGAAAGUAUUCUUACCAAUACAAAUAACGAUUCAGUGGCGGAAUUGAUACAUACUGGAGGUUCUCUUUCGAAGCUUCCGCAGAAUAUAUGUCAGAUCAAAGAACAGUUAAGAAAGGUGGACUUAAGAUACAAUUGGAUACGCAGCAUAAGUGUAAUAAAAUGCCUAAAACAAUUAGACACAUUACGUUUAGACUUCAAUUUGAUAACUUAUAUCGCAAAUACCUCAUUUACCGACAUGAUUCACUUGAGGAUUCUUACCAUGUCACACAACCUGAUAAUGAAACUAGAACCUAAUACUAUAAUCAUCAAAGGAGGGAAUAUUCCAAUCAUUGACUUUUCCAACAAUCCUAAUAUGGACUGCUUAGAUGUUUCGAACGUGCUCAGGCCAGGACCUUUCUGUACUCUAAACUUCACAAACUCUAAUAUUGAAUCUAUUACAAAUGACCUAGGGAUUGUAUUGGAUAAAGUCAUUCAUGGACCAGGCGAUAUUUUAUUAGAGCAUACACACUUGGGUAGCUUUAUUAACUUUACAUCUAUUGGAAUUGAAGAUAUGGGCGACUUUCCCAAAUACAUAUCUGGGUCUCUGAAAUUAGAUUCUAGUUCAGUGAACUGUGAUUGUACGAUAUUUCCUAUACUAAAAUCUUUAGGAACAGAAGCCUCAGUAUAUUGGAAGAAUUUGGAUACAUUUGUAUGUAACAUGCCUGAAAGUGUGAAAGGGCUUAACCUCACAGAAGUUGCCAUUAGCCAACAUUACGAUGAUCUAACAUGUGAUCUAAGUGAAAAGCACACAUGUCCCCAUUAUCUUUGUCACUGUAUUGACAUGCCAAGUCAAGACAAAGUGCUAGUUAAUUGUACAGGUGUAGGUUUAAAAUCGAUGCCGGACGAAAUGCCAAUCGGUACUUGGAGAAAUAAUAGAAUAGAUCUCAUUCUUGCUGUUAACAAAAUAUCAGUGAUUCCAGCCAGGAAAUACUAUAACAGAUUAAUAAAUCUGGACUUAAGCGGUAACCCAGUGUCAACUUUCAGUCGGCAAGCGGCUGCCAGCAUUUUGUCUACAAUAAACAUAGAGAACCAAACGCUGGAUGAUCUGCCUCCUAUUUUGCAGCAUAGAGACCCUAAUGCAAUCACUUUUGGUCCGCAUCCAAUUAUUUGUAACUGUGGUAAUACAUGGAUAGGGGACUGGAUUCGUUUGAAAAAAGGUCAGAAUAGGCUGAACUGCUCCGUUGGCGGGACCAUUUUACCGGCCGAAGACGUUACUGAACAUUUUCUAAACUGUAAUAAAUUUACACCAAUACCCUUAACGGUUACAGUAAGUAUAGCAAUCGGAAUAUUAGCGUUUGUAGUGUUCGGCAUUGGUCUCAUUUUCUUUUUCCGCAACGAAAUCACUAUACUCAGUCGUAUGUUUGUCCGUAAACAGUCUUCGGUUGAAAAACAUAGAAUAGACGUAUUUUUGUCGUUUUAUGAUCAAAACAGUUGCGUUUUCAGAACGGUAAUGCGAUAUAUAAAGCCUGCCUUGGUAGAUGCUGGAUAUAUAGUAUUUAUUCCGUGGGAAAACAUUCAAUAUGGAGACACGCGGGACGAUGCAAUAGCGAUAGCUGCAAAUCAAUCUAUUAAUUUUGUUAUCGUCUUAUGCGAUAAAUACGCAGAAAACUACAAUAGUGUAUCGGAGUUAGAAACGAUUUGGAAUUCUUUCAAAGCCGACAAAGCUAAACAAAUAAUAUUGAUAAACUAUGACGAUAUAGUUUCAAGCGACAUCAGGGAUGACAGGUUACGAGCUUUGUCAAGAAUCCGCUAUUUAGAUUUCAAAACACGUGAUAGUGAACUAAUCGAUCGUCUUAUUGGUAAGCUGGGAAAACCUUUACCAAAACAAAAGCUAAAUACGCCAAAAGAAAACGAUGAUAAAAAAGACGAAGGUAUAAUAAAUUGUAUUGAAGGAGCAGUUAUUAACGAUACGCUUACAGUAUUUGAAAGACUUGCCAUGCCAAGACCUUCAGAAUGCAAUUGUCAAUACAGAAGAUGUUAUUUGCACGAUGAAACACUAUUUAAGCGACAGGGAAAAGCAACUUCAAGAAAAGGGAUCAGAAAGGUUGUCCCGUUUAAUUGAUUAGGUCGUAAAAAUUGGUAGAUAAAAGUAAUACGGUACUAAUACAAUAUACGUUUGGUGCUAGUUUCGGUAAUAACUUAUAUAGAAAAUUAAUUUAUCAACAAACUUGCAUGUAUGUGACUGUUUGUUUUAUGACGAUGAACGUAUAUACAAUAAGCCAUAAAGAACAAUGGACACAAUUUCGAUACAACUUAUUAUUUGGAGAGUUCAUUCAGCUUUUUUAGACUGAUCUUUCUUAUAGUCACCAUUACCUGUUGUACCAAUGUUUAUACAAUACGUUCUAUCUGAUAUAGAUGCUGAUUUUCAUUUUGAGAUUUUCAAGAAAGCAAACAGUUUUUGGUGCCUUCCCAGAAUUUCUAAAGAUAUAUACCAUACACAAAUAUACAUUCCUAAGCAAUAUUUAGAUAUUGUUAUUCCCUGCUUUCAUUGAAUGUUCCUUACAGUGUUCGUAUUUUAACAGACAUAUGCUAUAGAUAAUGAUUAUUUUACAUGGAGUACACUUAAAUACAUAGUAUUAGGUAGACAAUAUGUAUUUUAGGCAGCAUUUUUUUAUUAUUUAUUUUAUUUUUCUAUGGCUGCAUGAAUGCUAUGGGAAAAUGUUGAUACCAGACCUUCCAUUUAAAGAAAAAAAAUUGAAAAUGGAUACGUUUUUUAAAGAAUGAAAUUUAUUUUAAGGAUUUGUACCAAAUUGUACCAUAAUGAUUCAAUAUAAAUCUAAUAUAAAAAACAAAAUAAAAUUGUAUAUAAUACAUUUGGUGGUAUUUGUUUAACAGGGAUUCUUAUUUUAUUUAUAUAAAAUAUUUUAAGUAGUACCUAUGUUUAUUUGCAUGUGGUAAGAUAUUAUUCCUUCACACAGUUAUGUAUGUUAAGUCACAAUGUUAUAUAGAAUGGUACUUAAAUUUUAAUUUCCUUUGAGACUGUUUUAAGAGACACCCUGUCAUAUGUGACCUUUUUCUAUGGGUCCCUUGGAAAGUCACAUAUGACAGUCUCGACUGUAUAUUAUUGCACGUUUGUAAGGUCGCUUAUCAUUGGAUAAUCGUGACGUUUAUAUAUAUUAUCUAUAUACACGAUUGCUGUCAAUUUUAAUUUGUAUGAAGUAGUUUUCCUUUUCCUCAAAUAAAGUCAUUUUGUUGUAUUAUAAAUUCAGUAUAAAGAUAUCAGACGUGCUACAACGGAUCGAGUUAUAAAGGCUUACAACCGUUUACUGGUAUAUUGGGCCUUAUAAUACUGCAAUUUUGUAACGUAGCUUUUCAUUGGAUAAUAGUUUUAAUAUUUUUAUAUACGCGGCUGCUGUCAGUUUAUGAAGAAAGCUCACCCCCCU